AUGGCGAAUUCAUUAAAAAAAAUGGAGUAAUAGAAUAACUCUUUUAAUAAUCUAGAAGAUUUAAUGUAAUCUAACUUGAAAGCUCUGACUCAUAUUGACUUACAGUUAAAAAAUUGUACUCUUAGUAAUGAAUAAGUUGCUUAGCUUAACACUUCUUUAGUCUAAUGCUAAAAAUUAGAAUCUUUAGUAUUAAAUCUUAAUAAGGAAAAUAUUUCAGAUGAUUAGAUAAAUUACAAAUUUGCUUAAUUUCCCGACAUAAAAGAUUUUGUUGAAACUGGUGAUAAUGUGAGCAAUGAUUAUAUAUAUGACCAAAUUUUGUUUUUCAGAAGAAUUCUUUACAAAGGAAUUAAAGCUUAUAAUCAACCUAGAUUAAAUGAAACUGAAAUUUAAGGAAAUAUUCUAUUAGAAGAAAGUAUGAGCAAUCUAAUUAAUCUCAACAGUUUAGAAUUAAGUUUAGAUGGAAAUUAAAUUGGUGAUAAAGGCGCUGUUUAGAUUUAGACAGUUUUACGUAGAUGCAAAACAAUUACUAGCUUAAAUUUGCAGCUUUGGAAAAAUAAAAUAGGUGACAGAGGGAUAACAAGUAUUGCAGAAGGUAUUAGUAGUUGUGCUAAACUAACAAGUUUAAUUUUAAAUGCAGAUAAUAACUUAUUUGGAAAAGAAGGUGCAUUUUCUAUCAGUCAAGCAUUAAGUAAAUGUAGCAAUUUGACUCAUUUAGAUAUAAGCAUAUCCAAUAAUAAUAUUGGAGAAGAAGGAGCAUCUGCUAUUUGUAGAGUUAUAGGUAGCUGUAAAUUACUUAUCAAUCUAAAAUGUGUGCUUUGUAAUAAUAAUAUUGGGGAUGAAGGAGCAUAUUCUUUUGGAACAGCAAUAAGUAGUUGUAGGUUACUAACUCAUUUAAAAUUUAAUCUUAGGAUUAAUCGAAUAGGUGAUAAGGGAGCAUUAAACAUUGGAAAAGGUUUAAGUAAUUGUAAUCAACUUACCAAUUUAGAUAUUCGAAUGGAAUUAAAUAAAAUCGGAAAUGAUGGAGCUUCUGCUAUUGGUAGAGCUAUUGGUAACUGUAAAUCUCUUACAAAUCUCUAGUGUUAGAUUUAUCUAAAUAAAUUUGAAGGUAAAGGGGUUGAAUAUAUUGGAUUAGGCUUAAAGAAUUGCACUUAACUUAGAAAUUUAAAAUUUAAUAUUAGCUAAAAUUAAACUGGGGAUGAUGGAGUUUCUACUAUUGGUACAGCACUUGGUAACUGCAAUUUCCUUACUAAUCUCAGUUUUGCUAUUUCGAAAAAUUAAAUUGGUGAUAGAGGAGCAUAAAAUAUUGGAUUAGGUUUAAGUAAAUGCACUCAACUUACAAAUUUAGAAUUUAGGAUAACCUACAAUUAAAUUGGUGAUGAUGGAACUUCUACUAUUGGUGCAGCAAUUGGUAGUUGCAAGUUCCUUACUAAUAUCAACUUUUAAAUUUCGAAAAAUUAAAUUGGUAAUAAAGGUGCAUAAAAUAUAGGAUAAGGUUUGAGUAACUGCACUCAACUUAGAAAUUUACAAUUUGAAAUAAGCUACAAUUAAAUUGGCGAUAAUGGAGCUUCUACUAUUGGUAUUGCACUUGGUAACUGCAAGUUCCUUACUAAUCUUACUUUUGAUAUUUCGAAAAAUUAAAUUGGUGAUAGAGGAGCAUAAAAUAUAGGAUUAGGUUUGAGUAACUGCACUCAACUUACAAAUUUAAAGUUUUUGAUAAGCUACAAUUAAAUUGGCGAUAAUGGAGCUUCUACUAUUGGUAUUGCACUUGGUAACUGCAAGUUCCUUACUAAUCUUACUUUUGAUAUUUCGAAAAAUUAAAUUGGUGAUAGAGGAGCAUAAAAUAUAGGAUUAGGUUUGAGUAACUGCACUCAACUUACAAAUUUAAAGUUUUUGAUAAGCUAAAAUUAAAUUGGUGAUAAUGGAGCUUCUACUAUUGGUACAGCACUUGGUAAUUGCAAAUUCCUUACUAAUCUCGACUUUAAAAUUUGGAAAAAUUAAAUUGGUGAUAGAGGAGCAUAAAAUAUAGGAUUAGGUUUGAGUAACUGCACUCAACUUACAAAUUUAGAUUUUAGGAUAUAUGAAAAUUAAAUUGGGGAUGAUGGAGCUUCUACUAUUGGUAUUGCACUUGGUAACUGCAAGCUCCUUACUAAUCUUACUUUUGCUAUUUCGAAAAAUUAAAUUGGUGAUAGAGGAGCAUAAAAUAUAGGAUUAGGUUUGAGUAACUGCACUCAACUUACAAAUUUAGAUUUUAGGAUAUAUGAAAAUUAAAUUGGGGAUGAUGGAGCUUCUAGUAUUGGUACAGCACUUGGUAACUGUAAGUACCUUACUAAUCUCUUUUUUGCUAUUCAUGAAAAUUAAAUUGGGGAUGAUGGAGCUUCUACUAUUGGUAUUGCACUUGGUAACUGCAAGUUCCUUACUAAUCUCAGUUUUGUAAUUUCGAAAAAUUAAAUUGGUGAUAGAGGAGCAUAAAAUAUAGGAUUAGGUUUGAGUAAAAUCACUCAACUUACAAAUUUAGAUUUUUGGAUAGGUGAAAAUUAAAUUGGGGAUGAUGGAGCUUCUGCUAUUGGUACAGCACUUGGUAAUUGCAAAUUCCUUACUAAUCUCGACAUUAAAAUUUG